CGUCGCUGUUGUCGCCUAGGUAACCCAGACCUACAUAUCCGGCCAUGGCCUCGGGGCCUGGAGGGAGCUGGAGUCGUCCCCCACCACAGGGUGCAGCCCCUACGCCCUGGGUGACCGUCCUGCAGCCCGUCCCAUGGGCCGUCCCACCUCCGCCUCCGCAGCCGGGCCGUGUGAAGGAAGACCUGCUGGAGCUGAUGAUGCUGCAGAACGCGCAGAUGCACCAGCUGCUGCUGAGUCGUCUGGUGGCAGCGGCGCUCAACCCCGGGCCCGCCUUGCCCCACCCGCAGGUCUACCUGGAAGGCCACCAGGAGGAGUAUGAGGAGGAGGAGGAGAUGCGAGUCCAGGAGGAAGGGCCUGUGGUGUUCCACCACCACUACCUGCCCUGCCCGAGGCCCCUUCUGGGCCCCCUGCUACCCUGGCCGGGCUCUUUCCUUUUCCCUCCCCCACAUCAGUCCCACUUGCAGGACACGGCCAAGAUUGAGCACCACCCUCCUGCCUCCAGGAAAAGGGGGACGAGACUCGUGCCCCCACCCCCACCCCCCAGUGCCACAGGGACUGUGGGUGCGGAUGUACUCCCAGAUUCAGACUACUAUGAUGCCGAGAGCCUACCAUGAGGACAGAUGCUGGCCCUGGGACCCGCACCAGCUUCACUGCAAGGCUGAAAAAUGGCCCUGGAGCCCCCAAGUGCCCCUCUAGUGACUGCUGACUCUGCACCCAUUCCUGGCAGCGUUUCUCCCCUUCAACUCCAACCAAGCCUCUCCUUCCGGGUGACUCAGUCCCCUCUUCUGAGACCUUGAACCGGCCUAAUCUCUGCUUUGGAGUAAGAGCUCUUUAGGGCAGUUUCCAGGGCCCAGAAGCUAUGGGAAGGCCCAGCUCUGCCCUACUGUUUCCUGUUCAGGCUAGGGGGAGGCCUGGGAACCAGAGCCUCCUUGACCUCUGCUCAUCCCUCUCUCUGGGACGACCAGGGCAGCGGGGGCUCAAUUUGGCCUAAUAAUGGGGCAGGAGCUGAGAGGGGAGGCCUGCUUUUGCUGUCCACAGAUCUCUGAAGGCCCAGAGUGAUGGAGGAGAGGCCUGGCUGGGAGGGUCCUGGAGCCGAGCCAGUUCUCAAGGCAUCCCCACCCUGGCUCUGUUGGCAGAAAGGAGAGGUCAGAGCCAUGUCCUACUCCGACAGGAGUGGCCUGAAGUCCUGAGGGGCCACGUGGGAACAGAGCGUCUGUCUCUGUGCCCCGCCAGAGGGCCAGGGUGUGUCUCCUCCACUCCCUCAGAAGGAAUUAGUCACUCAGCCUGAUGAGGGUGGGUCUGGUACCUGGGCUGGUCAGCAUGGGGGUGCCCCGAGGCCUGGGCUGGCCAGGGCUCUGGAAGGCCCCUGUGAAGGAGAGAGCUGAGGGAGGCUGAGGAGACAUUUGGGGAGAGAAGUCCAGGCCCGGUGGGUCCCCUUCCCAGCUGCUGAGUGUUAUCCCAGGAGGAGACAGUGAGGUGGAGACAGUGAGGCACAGGGUUAAGUCCAAGUUUUGUAUUUAGACUAGAAAAAGAACUGUCUCCAAAGUCCUCUGCUGCUUGUCACAGUCCUUCAGCCAGGGCUGGACCACAACCCUGAGGAGCCACGCUGAGUUCCAGUGGCCCAUCCCAGGCCCCUUCAAGUCUGGGGCUGCACUCCAUAAUUACCCCUCCGAUUCUGGCGCCAGUGCUGGCCGAGGACAAAGCACAGCAGAAUGGACGUCACAAACAAGAACAGCAGCACCGACACGACCGUGAUGAUGAUGACCAUCUGGUUGUCCUGCAUGGGCUCUGGGGAGGGAGGAGACCAUGGUCUUAGAAGUCCUCUGGUCCCAGGUGCCAGGGCCCAAGAGGGAGGAGAGGUCCACCCAUCACCUACCUGCCCCUCGUCCAUCCUGCAGUCACCCUGUGUUGCAGAGAUGAGUGUCAAAUGGGGUAUUAUCUAGGGGAAAGGUGGGAGGGGUCCAGGCCACCAGCCGGGCCUCUGUGAGACUGUGAGGGCAGAUAUCCCCCUGGCACCAGCAUAUGGUUGCUGGACACCACAGCCCGGACAGUGGCAUGGUCCAGGCCAAGUAUCUUCCUAGGCAGAGCUGAGUGAGCUUCUCCCAAACUCCCUGAAGACAGGGAGCUCGUUGGCCUUCCAGAGUCGUAAACAGUCAGGGGACCUUAGGGGUCAGUCAGGCCAAACUUCUCCUUGUAGGGAGGGGCCAAGGCCAGAGAAAAGAGUUGACUUGAUCAAGGUCACACAGGUCACUAAUGGCCAAGUCCAAGCUGGGAACUUGGAGACAGCUUCAGGGAAGAGAGGGAGCAAGAGAAACCCUUAGGAUUAAUUGUGGGGUCCCUAGGUGCCUACCCCCUGAGCUGGCAGAGAGUGGGGCAAAGGUCUUUUCUUCCCCCAAGGGGCGAACAGUGAGAUUCCUGUCCUUCCCCAUUCUGUCCUGGGGGCUCCCGCUCACCGUAGACGUCAAGCAUCCGGGGCUCUGAGAUACGGAAAAUCACCUCCCUGCUGUGAGAAUGCAGGGACAGUUCGGCUCUGCAGGAGAAGUUGUGGUGGCUGUCGUUCCUGUGAGCUAGCCUCUGGUACGUGGCUACGGCCUCUUGGGGGCCUGGUGUCUUCUCGAAGGUUUUUCUGUGCAGAGUCUCUUUACCACGGAGCAAGAUGAGGGUUAGGCUCUCAAAGGCUUCCACAGCGGGCACCCUACACUCGAUGGUGAACCAUGUGCCCACAGCCACCCGAGUGGGCUGCAGCUUCAGCAGCACCUGCUCCAGAAGGUCUGCAGGGAAGAAAGGAGGGAGGUCUGGUCAGGAUGGGGGUGCAGUUCCAGCAGGCCCCACCUGGCCAGGCCCAUUCCCUGUCACCACAGUGUGCUCAGGUCCCUGGCUGGACUUGUUGGGGAGGAAGUGGGCUGGGGCCUGGCCUGCUCUAGAGUGUACAGAGAGGAAGAAGGAAGCAGUGUAGAGUGAAGGAGGUGUUGGGUGACAGUUUUAUGGACAUGAUGGUUUCCGGAAUGGACAAGAACGGAAGUGGUUGUAAGUCUACAAAGAGAAGGUCCAGAAACUGUACAGCCAGCUAGAAAAAAAAGUUUGGAUCUGUCCCCUUCCUCUCCAGCAAUUAAAUACAAAUUUCAAAAAUUAAA